AUGGAAGAAGAGAUGCAGCAGCUUCAUGUUAUGUUGGUCCCCUGGCUUUCAUACAGCCACAUAACUGCCUUCUUAGAGCUCGCAAAGAAACUGGGUGCUCACGGUCUCAGAGUUUCCUUCCUCUCCACUCCCCUCAAUAUCAGACGGAUUAGGCAGCUACGCCCCACUCCAGAAGUUGAUCUUCUAGAGCUUCCACUGCCCUCCAUAGAUGGAUUGCCCGAAGGUGUUGAGUCAACUGGAGAUUUGAAGCGAGGAGGCACAUUUGACCUACUUAUGGAGGCCAUGGACGGUUGGCAGAAGCCAUUCGAAGACCUCUUGGGAAGGAUUUCUCCGGAUUUUGUAAUCCAUGAUAUGACGCAGUACUGGGCUUUUCGCAUAGCAGACAAAUUGGGCAUUCCCACCAUAUUUUUCGCCAACACUUCUGCCACUGGUGUAGGAUACCUUACAGGCCAUAGGGCCGCGACAGAAGAGAAGGGCAUACCAGUCCCAGAUCUGACGGUGCCGCCGCCUAGUUUCCCCUCGCCGAACAUCCGCCUUUCACAAUUUGGAGUGUCCAAAUUCCUGAAGGGGAUCCAGAAGAGGGAAGGGCACAUCAACGUGGGAGAGCGGUUUGGCCUGUGCACGAAGGAUAGUUGGGUGGUAGUGUUAAAUACAUGUGUAGAAUUGGAAAGAGAAUAUGUGGACUAUUUGCAAACAGUUAUUGCUCGGCCCGUGCUUCCCGUGGGAAUACUGUUGCCCGAUCUGCCACCCCCUCCGACUGCGGAACGUUGUUUGGCCUGGCUGGAUCUGCAGCAUCCCCGUUCUGUGGUGUUCGUGUCCUUUGGCAGCGAAUGUAUCCUCACCAGCCAAGAACUCGCUGCAUUGGCGCUGGGCUUAGAAGAAAGUGAGGUACCAUUUCUGUGUGUUCUUCUUCGGCAGAUGGCAGCUGCGUUGCCCCAAGGCUUUGCGCAGCGCACACAAGGAAGAGGACUUUUGGUGACCGAGUGGGUGCCUCAGUUGCACAUUCUCAGCCAUUCUUCCGUGGGAGCGUUUCUCACUCACUGUGGGUGGAAUUCUUUGACGGAAGGGUUAAGAUUUGGUGUUCCAAUUGUCACAUUUCCAUUGCAACACGAACAGAGCUUAAAUGCUAAGCUCAUAGCCCAGGAACUCAAGUUGGGGGUGGAGAUCAGGAGAAAUGAGGAGGAUGAUUCUUUUUCCAAGGAAGACGUCAGUAAAGCUGUUCGCACAUUAAUGGUGGAAGAGGAAGGCAGAUACAUCAGAUCUCACGUUCAAGAAAUUGGUGGAGUCUUGACCAAGAACAAUUGCCAAAUCCACGGAUCAAAUAUCCACCACUUUAUUUCUUUAAUGAAAGAGAAAGCUGCCUGUAAAGCAGCUAAACAAGCUAUGUUGGAUAGUGAUGGAAGUGUGCAACUGGAAACAGAAUUAGCAAUUUCAGGAAUGCAAUUGCAGUUUUAG